AUGGAUGCAGCUGCACUUUUAUGCAACAUUUGCCCCAAACGCCCCAGAUUCAGCGAUGUGUCUCACUUAUUGACUCAUGUUUCAUCCAAGGCCCAUCUAUCCCAUUAUUUCAAACUCCAAGUACGCAGUCACCAGGAACCUCAAGCUGUGGCUUCACUCGAUGAGUACGACCGAUGGUACAAGUCCAAUAAUCUGGCAAAACUAUUGUCUGAUCGAAUGUCCUCGAAAGAAGUUCGCAAGAAAAAGCCCCAGGGAAAAGCAACGACACAUAAGGGGGCCUCUGCUGCAGGACGGAACAAUGGAUAUAGAGUCCCACCUCCGAGCGUCUGUCCCUUGCCUAGCAGCUCUCUCCCUGAUUAUCUGGACCCACGGCUAUCUGAUUCUUCUCUGAAGGAAGAUCCAGAGACCGCCAAUGGAUCUGUAAUUGACUCCAGGUACAUCUCCCCGGAUGCCCAUCCGGCCUCUGAUUGUCAAGAUCAUGACGGAACUCAACUUCCUUCACUUUGCACUUUGCCGUCAAAGGACCCUGUCAAUCCUAUAUUCAAUCAGUGGAGACAAGAACAUGGAACAAAUGUUGAGGACGAGAUGCAGAGUACACCCAGUUGGUCCGGGGCAUUAGAGUUCAUAGCAGAUAAGGCCUCGCAAUCCUUGGAUACUCCCUUGAACUACGAUCCAUUCAUCGAUGAUAACUAUGGCGAGAUGGAUAAGGAGAGGGCAGAAGAAAUUGCUAGACUGAAAGGCGUCUUAUGGCCUGGGAUGGAUAUUUUCGAUUCUGCCACGGAGCAAAUGAGACGCAAACGCAACCAGAAGAAAGAUGAGAGCAUCUUGAAAAUGAUGGAGAAAACCUCCAUGUGUGUCGAGCCAACUGAACUAAUCUUUUCACCUACUGGUGUUUUGCGAAAGCAACGUGUUAUCUCUGGAAAUGUCGAAGACAGCAGCCCCCUGAAAGGGGAGACUCCAGUCCCAAAACGGCGGGCAAAUCAUGCAAAGCGGGUUCUCUCUCAAACAGAUUCUAACAUCCAUCGUGGUCAGGAUAGGAAACGGAGCAAAAAAUCAGCUAAACAUGAUUUAGGGAAUUUUGAGGACUUAGAUCAGCGAGGCUUGCAUAUUCCACGAAGUCCUUUUCAGCUGCCAGGACGUUUCGGCGGCCAUUCUUCGCGUUGGGAUGACACCGAUGAACUUGUGUUAUCGUUGAAUCAGCAUAGGAGCAAGUCUCGCAACGAGUUCAGUGUGUUCCGUGAUGGGUCAAACCAGCGCAGGCCAGUCUUGAAUGACCAUUGUGGGGAUGAGCUGGUCUCUGAAUCUCCGUAUCUUAGGCACGACUCAUAUAACGCGACUUUCCACUCAAUGACCUCUAGCAGCUAUGGCUCAGACUCAGCCAAAUACACAGCGCCUUUUUCUCUUGACAAGGAAAACAUCGAACCACUCUUCAGCAUUGACGGCCGGAUUGACCCUCUUGUGGGCUGGACUUCUCCAGCACCCAAACGACAUAUAGACAGUGGUGCAGCAUAUCCACCACAAUAUUUCUUUGGCGAUGCCCAGUGUAUUGGCCUAAGUCCUUUCGAAAGCCAUGAGAGCAAUACAGGAUUCUCAUAUAACCCCCUGGCUGCUUCACUCUCGAAGCUGCCUAUUGAGGAGAGUGUAUACACUACCGACGCUGACCAAAGCUUCAUAACUCAACCUGCGACACGCGCCACCUCGCCAGAGGCGACAAUUUCAGAUCUGGACGGGGAUGAUUUUGAGCGGCUUUAUUUGGAUGGAAGCUCUUGCUAG